AGAAACCAUCUGCAUCAAUGUAAAGGGCUUUCCCCCAUUAAUGACAUCUCCCCCCCAACCUUCAUCCACCACCACUUUUAUCAACCACCCUCUCUCUGCUCACAGACUUCAAGGUUUUCAACCAAAUCGUGACAAAUCCCUUCUGGGUAUAUUUCAUUUCAACAUUUUCAUUACUAAAUUUGCUUAAUCAUGAAGAUCCUGUGAGUCCUCUGUUUCUUUGAACCAUCAAAUUCAACAACUUUGGGACAGUGAAGUUAUCAAGAAUCAAGAAUCUCAAUGGGUGUUUGUUUUAGUGCUGGAAUCAAAGAUAAGAGCCCAUUUCAUAGAGGGUCAAAUUCAGAUGUUGAAGAUCUUAGCCCUUCAAAUAGUAGCAAGGUUUCAUGUGUGACACCAACUCCUCGGAGUGAAGGCGAGAUUUUGCAGUCAUCGAAUUUGAAAAGUUUUAGCUUUUCGGAUUUGAAAAUGGCCACAAGAAAUUUUCGACCCGAUAGCGUGUUGGGUGAAGGCGGGUUCGGGUCGGUUUUCAAAGGUUGGAUUGAUGAGCAUUCUUUUGCUGCUGCUAAGCCCGGAACAGGUGUUGUUAUUGCCGUUAAAAAGCUUAAUCAAGAAAGUUUUCAAGGUCACAGGGAGUGGCUGGCAGAAGUGAAUUAUCUUGGGCAAUUUUCACACCCAAAUCUUGUCCAAUUGAUUGGGUAUUGUUUAGAGGACGAACAAAGGCUUUUGGUCUAUGAAUUCAUGCCUCGUGGAAGCUUGGAAAAUCAUUUAUUCAGGAGAGGAUCUUACUUUCAAGCUCUAUCAUGGAGUCUUCGUCUGAAGGCCGCUCUCGGGGCCGCUAAAGGGCUUGCAUUUCUUCACAAUGCGAAAACAAAAGUCAUUUAUCGUGAUUUCAAGACUUCUAAUGUGUUGCUUGAUUCGAACUACAACGCAAAGCUAUCAGAUUUUGGGCUAGCCAAGGAUGGACCCACCGGUGAUAAGAGCCAUGUCUCGACUAGGGUCAUGGGGACCUACGGAUACGCAGCUCCUGAGUAUCUAGCCACCGGUCAUUUGACAUCUAAGAGUGACGUCUAUAGUUUUGGGGUAGUUCUUCUUGAAAUGUUAUCGGGCCAAAGAGUAGUAGACAAAACCAGACCACCAGGCAAAUACAGUUUAGUCGAGUGGGCCAAACCUUACCUGGCCCACAAACGUAAAAUCUUUCGGGUUUUAGAUAACCGUCUUGAAGGUCAGUACACACCGGAAGCAGCCCACGGUGUUGCAAGUUUAUCACUACGAUGUUUAUCAGUCGACCCCAGGUUCAGGCCCACUAUGACGGAAGUGGUCAAAGAACUCGAACGACUUCAGGAUCCAAAAGCAGCCCGGCCCAGAAGACACUCGAGUCAUGGAACCCGGCCCGGGAAACACAGCACCGGCAACCUUGCUGCCUCCACCGGUAGUGGGCCCGCUGCAUAUCCCAGACCUCAAGCUUCUCUAUGUAGCAAGUGACCUCAAGAUAAGAAGACUAAUCAGGCCAUUUUGUUGAUGGUCCAUAAUUGUAUAGUUAUCUGGGCUAAAAUCUAAAUAGGUUGAUGAAGAGACCAUCAAACUACUUGACCCGAUUUGUAUUUGAACUUAUUUCUAAAUUCAAGUAACUUAUAAAGUCA